UGCUUACAAAAAUGUUUUCGAAUGGAUCUUCUUGAUCAACGUAGUACUUCCACCUUACGGAACUCUCCCAGUGGCAUUGUUCAACGUUGAAAUCUUGAAAACCAACGUUACGAUGUCGGGAGGAUCAGACGUUUUGGCCCUCAAGGAGGAGGACGUGACCAAGAUGUUGGCCGCGACCACCCACCUGGGCACUGACAAGAAGGACAUCCAGAUGGAGCAGUACAUCUACAAGCGCCGUCAGGACGGAGUUUACAUCCUCAACCUGCGCCGUACCUGGGAAAAGCUGUUGCUCGCCGCCAGGGCCAUUGCUGCAAUUGAGCAUCCCUCUGAGGUGUUCGUCAUCUCGUCCCGUCCUUACGGACAGAGAGCUGUGCUCAAGUUUGCAGCCCACACUGGCGCCACACCUAUUGCUGGACGCUUCACCCCUGGAGCUUUCACUAACCAGAUUCAGGCCGCUUUCCGCGAGCCCCGUCUCUUGGUCGUGACCGACCCUUACACUGACCAUCAGCCAAUUACAGAGGCCUCGUACGUCAACAUUCCUGUAAUUGCCUUCUGCAACACUGACUCGCCUCUGCGCUUCGUCGACAUUGCCAUUCCAGGCAAUAACAAGUCCAUUCACUCCAUUGGUCUUCUGUGGUGGCUGCUGGCCCGUGAGGUGCUCCGCCUUCGUGGCACCAUCCUCCGCGAGAACAAGUGGGAUGUGGUCGUUGACCUGUUCUUCUACCGCGACCCCGAAGAGGCGGAGAAGGAGGAGCAAGCGAGCAAGGAGCUUGCUGUCGCUCCCAAGGUUGAGGCGCCUGCUGAGAACUGGGGUGGAGAGGUUGUCGCUGCCUCUGAGCCUCCUAUUCCCAGCUGGAGCGAGGAAGGCCCCGUGGCAAUUCCAGCUGCAACUGCUGCCGCCGCCACUGCGGCAACUGCUGUGGCAGCUGCUGCUCCCAUCACGGCUUACAACACCACUGAGGACUGGGCCACCCAGGUCGGAGAUGACUGGAGUGCUCCAGCUCCUGCUGCACCAACUUCAGACUGGGGCGGCGCUGGUUCUAACAGCUGGAACUAAGAUCGUGCUUGUAUCUUUGUCUGCUCUCUUGAGCCAACAAUAAAAGCACUGAAAAACAAAA